AUGUACAUCCCUAAGUCAGCCGCGGGUGAAAUUGCCGGCGCGCCUAAGUCCCCACCGCAAGGGGGCGGGCUAGCGGGCGCGCGCAUGAAUCCGCCGGCGCUGGCGCGCUGAGGCAGUCGCGCGCGUCUAAGUCCCCACCGCCGGGGGCGGGCUAGCAAGUGCGCGCAACGACCGAGGCGCCCCUGUCGAGCUGAGAGUGGACUCUUCACAAGAUGUACCUCUUCACGGAUGCCAGUCGGUUGGCAUUGGCGCUUGUUUGGCGUCCGGGCCCAACCGUUCGCAGGCCGUUCCAACGCGAUUCUUUUCCGCUAAGUUCAACGGUGCUCAGCUCAACUAUCAUGUCACUGAUAAAGAGUUCUUGGCUGUCGUCUCGGCGUGUCGGGCGUUCGAGCAGCACUUGAUCGGUUACCCCUUCGUCAUCGUCACCGACCAUCAGGUGACAGGCAACGUCGGAGGAGAUGACGAUGACUACACGCGAGAGACGAGGGAGAGAGCGAGAGAGCGCGCGAAAGCGCGAAGAAGCGGAAAGGGGUGUCGACCGAGGCGGCGGCAGUCGACCGAGAGGCAACCGCGGAGGAUACGCGGCUGCAAGGCUCGCAGCAAGUCCAGUGUACCGAACUAUGGUGGCCAACGAGCUCGGACAGAAGAGGGAGGGCAAACGAUCAAGAAAUAG